AGGCGCCGACCAAUCGGCGUCGAUCGCGCAAUUCGCGGCUGGCUCGGCCUCGCGGAGGGGGCCAAGCCAUAAGUACAGCCGGCUGUCGUCCAGGACUCGACACUCCUGAUCUCGCCGAUAGUCCCUCGACGCAGCUCCUCUGCCGCGUGCUCUCGUCUCGCGACAGUGUCUAGGUUGGCUCUUCGCUCGCUCGUCCACACUUCUCGAGGAUCCGCGGCGCGGCCCAGCGGCAAGGCGACAACCAUGAGUGGAUCGGGCAAAGGCUUGCUGGGCAUGUGGCUGUACAGGCGGGACGAGGAGUGGACCAUCAAGGAGGGCAGUCCUCUGCACAAGCGGCGCGACGUGGCGAUGGUGGAGAAGGUGCCGCACGCCGAGCAGACCAAGUCGUCGGUGGUGUUCUCGCUGAAGAACCAGGUGGGCGGGCUGGCGCGCGCGCUGCAGGUCUUCCAGGACCUGGGCGUGAACGUGGUGCACAUCGAGUCGCGCAAGUCGCUGCGCCGCGGCUCCGAGUACGAGAUCCUCGUGGACGUGGAGUGCGACGCACGGCGCAUGGAGCAGCUCACGCGGAUGCUCGGCCGCGAGGUGGCCGCCAUCAACCUCGCGCAGUACGAGCAGACCGGCAGCGUGCCCCACCCGCCGCUGUCCGCGGCGCCCAGCUUCGAUUUCAGCGAGGUGGACAUGCCGUGGUUCCCGCGCAAGAUCGCCGAUCUGGACCUCGCGCAGAAAGUGCUGAUGUACGGCUCGGAGCUGGACGCCGACCAUCCCGGCUUCAAGGAUCCCGUGUACCGCAAGCGGCGCGAGCAGUUCGCCGACAUCGCCACCAACUACAAGUACGGAAUGCCGAUCCCGAAGAUCCAGUACACGCCGGAGGAGAUAAAAACUUGGGGCACGAUUUUCCGCGAGCUCCAUCAGCUCUACCAGAAGCACGCCUGCCAGGAGUUCCUCGAGAAUUGGCCAAAACUCGUGAAAUAUUGCGGAUACAGGGAGGACAACAUUCCGCAGCUGCAGGACAUCAACGUGUUCCUGAAAAAGACGACGGGCUUCACGCUGCGGCCGGUGGCCGGCUACCUGUCACCCCGCGACUUCCUGGCGGGACUGGCCUUCCGCGUGUUCCACUGCACGCAGUACAUCAGGCACGCCUCGGACCCCUUCUACACGCCCGAACCAGACUGCUGCCACGAGAUCCUGGGCCACAUGCCGCUGCUGGCCAACCCCAGCUUCGCGCAGUUCUCGCAGGAGCUCGGGCUGGCCUCGCUCGGCGCUACGGACGAGGACGUGGACAAGCUGGCCACGCUCUACUUCUUCACGGUGGAGUUCGGGCUGUGCAAGCAGGAUGGCCAGCUGCGCGUCUACGGGGCCGGGCUGCUGUCCUCGAUAGCCGAGCUGAAGCACGCGGUGUCCGCGCCCGAGAAGACCUUCCGGUUCGAGCCGGAGCUGACGGUCAAGCAGGAGUGCAUAAUCACGGCCUUCCAGAACGCCUACUAUUACACCGACGGCAUCGAGGAGGCCAAGGAGAAGAUGAGGCACUUCGCCAGCCAGAUCAAGAAGCCCUUCGGCCUGCGCUACAACCCCUACACGCAGUCGGUCGAGGUGCUCACGGACGCGCAGAAGAUCACGGCAGUGGUGAGCGAGCUCAGGGGCGACCUGUGCAUCGUGUCCAACGCGCUGCGCAAGAUCCACGAGCAGGACGACAGCGUCAACGUGGAGCGCAUCACCAGCAUGCUCACCCACGGCAUCGACCUGCCCCUCGACGCCGCCGCCGCCUCCGCCUCCUCCUCCUCCUCCUCCUCGGGCAGCGAGGAGGACGACAAGAGCCCCAACCGGGAGAUCCAGCCCGCUACCUAAUCCUCCUGUUCGCUCGCUCUCCGCCAGUCCCAUUCGUCGUUGCUCUCUUUCCCGUUCCACUUCGCUGUUUGACUUUCAGAAAAACCACCGUUUUCCUGUUUGCGAUCAAGAUUCAACGUUACUCGUUCGGUUUCUUUAG